UAAUCAGUUUGUCUUUCAAGUAUGCGGCGAACGAUUUGCUGGGAUUUCGAAAAAAUAGGUCUACCAGAAAUGACAGCAGCAAACACAGACAAAACGUCCGACAAGGAAAACGACCCGGUAACUUCAGCCAAGACCACAACGAAAGCUGGACAGGAUGUGGGCAACUCGUCGCUUAAGUUCCAGUCGUACCUGAAUGGCAAUGGCAAUGGGGUGUACAAGAUCAUCAAGACACUGGGCAAGGGUAACUUCGCCAAGGUCAAGCUGGCUAUCCAUUUGCCCACCGGUCGGGAAGUGGCCAUCAAGGUUAUUGACAAGACGCCCCUGAAUUCCAGUGCCCGUGAGAAGCUGUACCGCGAGGUGAAGAUCAUGAAGCUGCUGAACCACCCGAACAUCGUACGCCUCUUCCAGGUGAUCGAGUCUGAGAGGUCACUCUACCUGGUCAUGGAGUACGCCAGCGGUGGAGAGCUUUUCGAUCAUCUGGUGAAGAACGGAAGGAUGCGGGAGCCGGAUGCCCGGAUGCUCUUCCGCCAGUUGGUGUCCGCCAUCGAGUACUGCCAUCGCAAAUCCGUGGUGCAUCGCGAUCUUAAGGCGGAGAAUUUAUUGUUGGACCAGCACAUGAACAUAAAGAUCGCCGACUUUGGCUUCAGCAACACCUUCGACGCAAAUGCCCCACUGGAGACCUUUUGCGGCAGUCCACCCUAUGCCGCCCCUGAACUCUUUAUGGGUAGGAAAUACUCUGGACCGGAGGUUGACUCCUGGUCACUGGGAGUGGUGCUCUAUACCUUGGUUAUUGGAAUCCUGCCCUUUGAUGGAGGAAACCUAAAGGAGUUGCGGGAGAAUGUGAUCCGAGGCAAAUACCAAGUGCCCUACUGCAUCUCCAUAGAAUGCGAGCAUCUGAUUAGGAAGUUUCUGGUUCUGAAUCCCGCCAAGCGUACUACCCUAUUGGCAGCCAUGACGGACAAGUGGAUUAAUCAGGGUCACGAGGGCGACAGAUUGAGGCCGUUUCAGGAGAAACCCAUGGAUCUGGAGGAUUUCUAUCGAUUGGAGGUGCUGAUGAACAUGGGUCACAAGCCUAUUGAGUUGGAUAAGUCACUGAAGGGGCAGCAGUUCGAUAACAUCUAUUGCACCUAUAUGCUAUUGGAUGAGGCUAAACAGCAUUCACCGAAACCCAACGUGAAGUCGGUGUCUUAGCGGGAUGUGCCUACGACUCACCCAGUAAGCAGUCGGAUUCCUAUUCCCACUAAGUCCCCCGAUGUCACCAUUGCCCAAGUAACCCUCGCAUUGGAAAAUAAUCAUCUUAGCCAAUCUGCAUCCGCUUCCAGUCGACCAAUGGCUCCUCGUUUGGCGAAUGCUAUCAUCAAGCCCUAUUUGACGACGCCUUCGGAUCCUCCAAAAUUAAUUCGCCGCACAGCCCGCAGGGCCCCCUAUCCCUUGGGUGACAUACCCAGGCGAUCCGAGCCAGCAAGCUACCCACAAACUCUAUUGCCCAAGAAACCAGCAAGUGCCUCCGUGGAUGUCAAGCCAACUCUACUGAGUGCCCAGCGAAAGUUACAAACCCAAAAGAUGGCCAGCACCCCAGCCCGCUUUCAGCAUCCCGGUUCCCAGGGAUCCACUAGGCCAUCCACUUUUCUUCCCGGAAAGUCAGAGCCGGCAGCCCCGUCCUUCAAAAAACUCAAGACACCCACCAAUCUCAAGACCCCAACAUCCAUCUCCCCCGAUACCAUCAAGCGCCCCUCGCGGGUGGGCUUCUUUUCGAAGUUGUCCGCCCGCUUCGGUCGAAGGACGAUCCACGAGGACGAGAAGGACAUCGCCGAGCAGCGCAAGAAUCUUUAUAACCGCAAGUGAUACAGCAGACCCUGCCCAAAACGGACGAUCGACCUUGUGUCUAGUUGGUAUUUUUAAUGAAAACGACUAAAAUUUAGUAUUACAAAUAAAUGUUGAUUUAAUGGA